AUAUAAAUGCUAAGUAUGGACUCGAAAAAGCCAGUUUUAUCCCGGCAUCUGUGGAAGUACAACGUCAACAUGCAACGCAUCACUCUGUUUGUGUUCGCAGCCAUCGUGGCCAUGACUAUGGCAGCAGGGCAGUACUAUGUUCCCCGAUCUUACUACGUAAUAGAUGCUGAGGGUCACGCGUCUGCCCCGGUGCCCCUGCGCAGGUUACGUCGUUCCCUGAACCCCUACCCGUACCCCUACGGUGGCGGAAGCAGUGCCAACGCGAAUGCAAACGCGAAUGCUCACGCUGACUCUAAUGGCUCGGGAGCUAACGCAAAUGCUAACGCUAAUGCCUACGCUCGCGCCACUAGCGGAUGGCAACUACCUACUUGGGCUUACGGCUCUGGAAAUCCCAACGCUCUCAGGGCUGGAGAAACUCAACGUCAAUAUGGUCCUAUAUUGAACGGACGCUCAGUAAGUGCUAGCUCCUCUGUAGGUCUCGAUUCCUCAGGCAAGGGAUAUUAUGACCAGUAUACAUCUGUUACCAAUUAAAGGAAUACUCCGUAAUACACUAUUUUAGAGUUCCUAAGACAACUGUAUCUGCGCCUUAAAACACUU